AUGGGGCGACGGCCCCCUGGUUUCCCCUCUGCCUUCUGGCUAGCCACGUUCCUGGCUGCCUCUUCCAACGCAACGCCAAUUCUGUUCGGGCCGGAAUUGAUUCAGCUUGUGGAUUCAAACCUCAAGGCACUUCCAUCCAAUGUCGCCUCACUCUUUUCUCCUGAGUCUUCGCAGCCACCCAAUGCAAUCACUUCUCGAUGUAAAAUCUAUCCUGGCGACCCAGCCUGGCCAUCUGACGAGACAUGGGCGCAGCUCAACGAACUUACCGACAAUCGACUCCUGGUCAAACCUCAACCCCAGGCGACCGUCUGCUACAAUGGACCUCAAUAUGAUCCCUCAAAGUGCGCUCAACUCACGGCGAAAUGGUCAAGCUCCUACAUACAUUUCCCAGAUCCAAUCGAGAUGAUGAGUCCUGUCGCGCAAGGGAUGACCUGUCUACCCCCCAAUAUAUUCGACAGCCACAACUGCACUCGAGGAGGUUUCCCCAUGUAUGUCAUCAAUGCAACGACCCCCAAGCAUAUCCAACUUGGAGUCAACUUUGCAAGGAACACCGGGGUUCGACUAGUCGUCAAGAACACUGGUCAUGAUUUCUUGGGGAAAUCCGGUGGGGCAGAUUCCUUGAGUAUUUGGACGCAUUACUUCAAAGAUAUCACCUAUAUCGAGAACUUCGUGGACAAGAAAAUUGGAUACUCGGGUCCAGCAUUCAAGGCAGGCGCUGGAGUACAAGCUUUGGAAAUCUAUAAGGCCGCUAGCGAGAAGGGUAGAACUGUGGUUGGCGGUGAAGGUGAAACGGUUGGUAUUUUUGGAGGUUACAUACAAGGUGGCGGGCACUCACCUCUGACCUCACUUUACGGUACUGGAUCAGACCAAGUUCUUUCAUUCGAAGUCGUUACUGCCAAUGGCAAGUUUGUUACAGCUAACUCUACCUCGUAUCCGGAUCUCUUUUGGGCACUUCGUGGAGGUGGAGGUAGCACUUUUGGGGUUGUAACCUCAGUCACUGUCAAGGCUCAUCCGGAAAUGCAAACCACUGCCGCUCGUUUCUCCUUCACAUCUGAAAAGGUGGGCAAUGAAACUUUCUGGGCUGGAAUCCGCGCAUACGUGGACUCCUUUGUAACCAAUGCAGAUGCUGGAACCUACGCAUAUUUCAUGCUCAUCCCGAAUGUCUCCACUGGCAUUUUCACUUUCAAUAUGUCCCCAUUCUUUGCACCGAACAAGACAUUGGAAGAAACGCAAACCCUGCUAGAACCAUGGUUCACUCGCCUAAACGAGCUUGGUAUUGAAUUCAAUCCCAACAUUUCCCACUUCGACUCCGUGUACGAGGCAUGGAAAAGUUCCUUCCCUCUCGAAUCUGUUGAGAAGAUCAAUGCCACAACGGGAUCUCGACUCUUCCCUCGAGCCAACUUCGAAACCGAGCGGAAGAGAGACGAGCUUUUCCAAAACAUACGGCAAUCUAGUGAGAAUAAUCGCGUUCAAGUCCAUUUCAACAUCAAAGCUGUCGACCCCGCAAACGCUGACAAUUCCGUCAAUCCUGCAUGGCGUCAGAAUAUUCUCUUCUCUCAGCAAGCCGUUCGAUGGCCUGUUAAUGGAACGGCAGAGGAAACUUUGAAGAUUAGAAAGGAGUUUCAAACUGGUGAUAUGCAAAGAUGGAGAAAUAUAAGUCCCGGUGCCGGAAGUUAUCUAGCGGAGGCAGAUCGGCUAGAGCCAAAUUUUGGGCAAGCGUUCUGGGGUAGCAACUACCCGAGAUUGCUGAAAUUGAAAGCUAAGUGGGAUCCCUAUGAUGUCUUUUUCGCGACGACGAGCGUUGGAAGCGAGAGGUGGAAAGUUGAGAGUGUGGAUGGCCUGCCAAACGAAAACGGGAAGCUAUGUCGGGUCCAAUAAUGCUUGCCGUUCACUUCUCCUCCAGCAUCCCAUUCUCCUUUAUUUUAUUCAUAUUUUGUUCGGGUAGUGCGACAUUAAUGAGCUAACG